GGUGGGCGACCGUGCAUGUUACACGUCCUUAGCAUUUCAACCUUCACUUCGUUUCGUGUCCAGCACGACAAUCAUAUCAAAUGAUCGUUUCCUACGGCAAUUCACAGAAGCAAUGUACACAAUUAUAGCCACUUUACCUACUAUAUUUUUUCUUUAAAACAAAACAAAAGUGAUAUUUUUUAUAGAUUUGAGAUUGAACUAAGUUAAAAUGAAUUUAUUAGUAUAUUUUUUGAUCGCAACUAUUUUUGAAAAUGGGAAAGCGGAGAAAGUGGAUUUGUCUGGAGGCCCUAAUUCCGGUUACACAUUUCCAAAGGACUUUUUGUUUGGUGUAUCGACGGCUUCUGUGCAAAUUGAGGGAGCCUGGAAUGAAGAUGGAAAAUCAGAAAGCAUAUGGGACCAUUUAGUACACAAUAAUAAGAGUUUUGUAAAAGACGGUUCGAAUGCUGACGUCGCUGCAGACUCAUACCACCUGUACAAACGAGAUGUUGAAAUGGUACACGAACUCGGAGUAGAUAUAUACCGAUUCUCAAUAUCUUGGCCGAGAGUUUUGCCCUCCGGGUUUGCAAACAGCGUCAACCCAUUGGGUAUAAAAUAUUAUGAUAAUCUUAUUAAUGAACUCUUGAAGUACAACAUUACCCCGAUGGUGACGAUAUAUCAUUGGGACCUCCCUCAGAAGUUGCAAGACAUCGGUGGUUGGACUAAUGCGCACAUAAUCGACUACUAUACAGAUUAUGCAAAUGUACUUUUCAAACAUUUCGCUCAUAAAGUUAAAUACUGGGUCACUUUUAAUGAGCCCAUGCAGACCUGUUUGGAAGGUUAUGGUGGAACAUACAGAGCACCAGCACUAAACAGACAUGGUAUUGCGGAGUAUCUUUGCACUCAUAACCUUUUGAAAGCCCACGCGAGUGCCUACCAUUUGUUUAAAACGAAUUUCAGCGAAACUGGAGGUAAAAUAGGCUUAUCUUUGGAUUCGAAUUGGGCAGAACCUAAAACAAAUUCAGAAAGUGAUAAAAAAGCGUCGGAAUUAUAUUUGAAAACUCACAUGGGUUGGUACGCGCAUCCCGUAUACUCUGCAACUGGCAAUUAUCCACCAGAACUAAUUCAGUUGGUCAAUGAGAAAAGUAAAGAGCAAAAUUAUAGUUCAUCUCGAUUACCAGUCUUCAGUGAAGAGGAAGUAGCUUAUAUAAGAGGGACCGCUGAUUUCUUUGGUCUAAAUCAUUAUACAACUUAUUUAUUAUCUAUGGCUGAUAAAGAAGUCGGCGCAAUACCAUCACAUGAAAAUGACGUCGGUAUUGUCAGAGUACAAGAUCCAGACUGGCCUUCCUUGUCUUCAUCAGCAUGGCUCAAGGUAGUGCCAUUUGGUUUCCGUCGACUGCUCCACUACAUUACGGAGACAUACAAAAAUUAUCCUAUUAUUGUGACGGAAAAUGGCUACGCUGACUUCAGUGGAUUGGAGGAUAAAUCUCGUGUAUCAUAUUAUAAGCAUUACCUGAAUGCUCUUCUUCAUGCUAUCCAUGAAGAUGAAAGUAAUGUCGUUGGAUACUUCGCAUGGAGUUUGAUGGAUAACUUUGAAUGGGAUGAUGGUUACGUGUCCCGCUUCGGUCUGUACCUGGUUGAUUUUGAUAGUCCUAACAAGACAAGAACACCAAAGCAGUCGGCAAAGCUGUAUUCGAGCGUGGUGGCAUCCAGGAGUUUGCCAUCCAACUUUGACUCUCAAGACUUCACCGCAUUUUCAUCGGCAUCUGUCCUAGCUCCCACUCUUCUUCCCUCCCUACUUAUGUACAGAUUGUUAAAUUAAU